AUGGGGCAAAUGGCCAGGGCCCACCGCCGCCUCGCUGCCCGCUCGCCUCAUGCCACCACCAUUAGAACCAGUGACCCUGCCCCAACAGCCGCCGCCAUCCCGCCACCGUCGGGUCAGACUAGUGGCCUCCGUGAGGAGAGGCAGUGCCCUGAGGGGGAGCCGUGCAGGUGGGCGCAGAGGGUGACCCCGGCCCCGAGCUGUCCUGCUGGGGCAGCAGCAAGAGCGAUGAGGGAGCUGGGGCGGGGACACCAAGGAGAUUGGGGGAGGCUGCAGGAUCCAAAUGAAGAUACUGAAUGGAAUGACAUACUGAGAGAUUUUGGAAUUCUUCUACCAAAAGAUGACAUUGAAAAAAUGUUUUUAUACUUGCAGAAAGAAGCAGAGGUGAAACCGUAUGAAAGAAUGAAUCUUGAAGAAUUAAAGGAAGCUGAAAAUUACUUUGAUGAGGCUGAUAGGAAAGCUAUUGAAAUGUACAUGCAGCAAUGCUUGCAAGAAUGGAAAUGUCUUCAGAGGAUACAAAAGUAUGGGGAGCUAAGGGAAAUUUGUGGAGAGCAGUAUGUAAAGGAAGUUACAAAUGCUCCAGAGGAUGUUUGGGUUAUAAUUCAUCUUUAUCGGUCAAGCAUCCCAAUGUGUUUACUGGUUAAUGAACAUCUCAGCCUGCGAGCCAGAAAGUUUCCAGAAGUCAAGUUUCUCAAAGCCAUUGUAAACAGCUGCAUUCAGAAUUACUAUGACAGAUAUUUACGCACAAUACUUGUAUAUAAAACUGGUGAAAUAAAAGGCGGGUUCAUUGGAGCAGCUGAAUGUGGGGGAAUAUAUCUUAAAGUAGAAGAGCUUGAAUGGAAACUAGCAGAAGUUGGAGCAAUAGAAACCGACUUAGAAGAAAACCCCCAAAAGGACAUUAUGAAUAUGGUGAAACUGUCAGUGAGAAAUAUUUCUGCUCAUGAAGACACCAGUACAAAAAGCAGUGAUGUGAGGAAACCACCUAUUACUUGA